CCCACGACCCCGGGCGGGCCGCGACGGCGCCAUGAGAGAAAUCCCCGCGCCGCACUCCGCUCCUCGGCAGCGCUCUCGACGGUUGAUUAGUAGCGCCUGUGGCGGCGCCGGCGCGGUGUGUGGAGGUGCGCUGCCCGGCGGGAGCCAUGGCGGACGAGGAGCUGGAGGCGCUCCGGCAGCAGCGGCUGGCCGAGCUGCAGGCCAAGCACGGGGAUCCUUCUGGUGAUUCAUCGCAACAGGAAGCAAAACAGAGGGAAGCAGAGAUAAGAAAUACUAUUUUAGCUCAAGUUCUUGAUCAAGCAGCUCGUGCAAGAUUAAGCAAUUUGGCACUUGUGAAACCAGACAAAGCAAAAGCAGUGGAGAAUUACCUUAUACAGAUGGCAAGAUUUGGGCAGUUACCUGGAAAGGUAUCGGAACAAGGUUUGAUAGAAAUACUUGAAAAAGUGAGUCAGCAAACAGAAAAGAAAACAACAGUAAAGUUCAACAGAAGGAAAGUAUUGGAUUCUGAUGAAGAGGAUGACUACUGAUACUACUGUAGGACUGUCUGCCAAACAAAAGGCCUGGGAAAAGGCAACCUGCUUUUUUGUCAGGCAGAAUGCAGGAUCUGAAAAUGUUUACGCUUUGCUUUUUUUUUUUUAAUUAAAAAGGCCAACAAAUGAACUUGUCUUUUUAAGUCUGAGAAGGGGAUUCUAUAACCUAAUUUUUUGUAGUGUAAGAGGCCUGAGCAGUGUGGGGUUCCCCACUGCUUCAUUAGCAUGAACAAUUUGUUGCCCUGUACUCAUUGUGUAAGCUAUGCUUCCAGCAACUGCACAUGCUUAACUUGCUGCUAUUGGAGAUAUACCAUAACACGAGGAGGAGCUAAGCGUAAAGCUGGAACAGCCACUCCUAGGAGUUUAAAGACUUACCUCUGGGCUCUAAGUCACAGAAGUGUUAAAAACGAGAUUUCCUGAGCCCCUGAGGAAGCCCAUCCAGCAGCUCACUCUCUUUCAACUACUUAUUGAAAAUUUAUCAAAUGAAGUGAGGGUAUCACAGUGGUGCUUGAAUUGGAGGACUUCAGAUCAGGCACGCUGUGUAAAGAAGUUGUAACCAGCAGACAACAUUGUUCCCCUAUGAAAUAAUCAAAGUGUCUCAAAAAAAGCAAGUUAACUGUGUAAUAUAGCACUAUUCAGACACUUGGUAUCCUAUAUUUUUAAAACUACCUCCAUUUUUAUCAAAUGGCUGGAGUGUUUCUUACUUUGAAAAAAAGAAGACCGUUUUCCUAAACUCUCUGCAACUCCUGCAUGCAUAGAGUGAAACUGAACCUGUGCUAUACGUUUAUUCAAGAAUAUGGUUAUGGAAAUAAGUAGGAUAAAUACUGUAACGUGCUGAUAAACACUCUAUCACCACAGACCCCUUUUCUGACCUAAUUUACAGGAACAUGUAUGAUCCCAAUGGCAUUGUUUUUUAGGAACAGAAUAAAAUUGUUUUAAGUGA